CUCGUCACGAGAUGACGGAGGCUCCCGUUAUUCAGCUAAGUAUUGACUAUAGAGUUCGUCGUUACAAGGUUUUCAAGAAACUUGAAGAUGGUGAAUUCGGAGCAGUGUAUGCUGUGCGAGAUGAUGCUGGAGAGGAGCAUGUUUUGAAGGCUCAGUUGAAUACCAAGGAGAUAUAUUCGCUGAGAAUUGAGCUUUGUGUGAUGACAAAGGUAUCUGAGAAGUCGCCCAGCCACAUGCCUACUCUCAUUGACAAGGGACGCCAUGACAACUUUAACUAUAUUGUCAUGAAGCUUCUUGGGAAAUCCCUGCAAGAUGCUAUAAAGACUGGGCCUGAUGGUCAUUUGACAUUUGGGCUCUGCGAUUGGGGCAUCGUUUCAAUGCUUGGAAGCAUUGGAAGAUUUGCAUUGGAGUGGGUUCUUGGACAGAGAUGUGAACCCUGGCAACUUCUAUCUCGGAAGAGCAAGCCAAGGCGAGCUUCGCAACAUUUUUGUUCUUAGAUUCGGAUGUUGCCGAAAGUAUGUAGAUCGCGAAAAUUUGAUGCUCGAGCCAAGAAAAACUGUGCCAUUUCGUGGAAGCCCUCGAUAUGCACCGCUUGCAUCACAUAAUACGGCGGAACAUGGACUGAAGGACGAUUUGGAAAGCUGGUUCUACAUGCUCGUCGAUUUCACCAAUGCAGCUCUUCCCUGGAAAAAUGUAAAUGAGAUUGGCGAGAUUGGUGCGAUGAAGAAGAAUUCCCGCUUCCAACCGAUCAUGGGCCAAUUCCUUGCUGGCUGCCCAGAUGAAUUUCGCUUGAUUAUGAACUAUAUCGACAGUCUUUCGUUCUUCAAGGAGCCCGAUUAUGAGAUGAUCUAUACAACACUGCAAAAAGUGAUGCUAGACAAGGACAUUGAAGAGUUUCCGUAUGACUGGGAGAUGGAAUUUGGUGUGGACUAAUGGAACUUUGAUUAUACAUACUUGUCUUGCUUGUAUUCUGGCUAACAAAUUUUACCGAAUAAACAUUC